UGUGACAUGUGUCAGAAACACCUAACGCUGUUUUACUUUGUUUAUUUCCCUCACUGUGUGACGUGUGCCAGUAUCUCCAGCGUCUCUUAAUGAUCUUCUCUCUCUUCAGGCCCUCAGUGAUGACUCUGCUUCUUAUUACCACACUGCUGUUCUCAGGUCUGUGCAGUCUCUCCUCCUGUGUGCCACGUGAGUUCCAUGUGGUGAAGGGGGAAAAGACCUGGACAGAAGCUCAGCGCUACUGCAGAGAGGAGUUCACUGACCUCGCCACCAUAGACAACAUGAGGGAGAUGGAGAUGUUAAACAGCACAAUGAAUGAAGCAGGUGCUAAAAAGCCUUGGAUUGGGCUGAAGCAGGGAAGCAGUCCUAAGUGGCAGUGGUCUCUGGCUGACAGGGAUUUCUACAGAGAGAAUGAGGCAGAGUUCAGGAAGUGGAACUCAACCCAGCCAGAGGGAACUCAUGAGAACUGCACUGUGAUGAUAGGAAAUGGAACCUGGUACAGUAGGAAGCGUAGUGACACCAGGGCCUUCGUCUGCUAUGAUGGGAGAAACUCCACACAUCCCUAUGUGCUGGUUACUCAUACUCAUAAGAAAUGGGCAGAUGCUCAGAGAUACUGCAGAGAGAACCACACAGACCUGGCCAGUGUGAGGAACGAGGCAGAGAAUGAGAAGAUAAGGAAGGUCCUAGGGUCUACCCACGAGGCCUGGAUUGGCCUGUUCAGAGAUGCCUGGGAGUGGUCAGACGGCAGCACCUCCUCAUUCCGCCACUGGGGAACUGGAGAACCCAAUUAUGGCGAGACGACCGAGGUGUUCUGCGCUGAAAUUACUUCCAGUGGUCAGUGGAACGAUGCAAGCUGUCAGACGACUUCCAACUUCAUUUGCUAUGAGGGUAAAUCUUCAGGGCAAAAACUUCUGGUUCUGGUUCAUGAGAGUAAGACCUGGAAAGAGGCGCUGCAGUACUGCAGAGAGCACCAUGUGGACCUGGUGUCUGUGACCUCCGAGCGGAUCCAGCGCUGGGUGAAGGACCGGGCUAACGGAGCCUCCAGUACUCACGUGUGGCUGGGCCUGCGCCGCUCCUGCAACAUGGGCUUCUGGUUCUGGGUCAACGGAGAGACGGUCUGCUACAGCAACUUGGGCCCAGAGACAGGGCAGGACUGCCAGAGUGCCAGAGUGGGGGCAGUGAAGUCUGGAGGAGACGGGGAGGGAGAGUGGGUCAUGCUUCCAGAGACCGAGGAACUCAACUUCAUCUGCACCACUGAGGAUCACGUUUACCACCACAAGUUUUCGCACAUGGUGUUUUCGCCCGUUGAAGUGCAGCGCAAGUGGUGUCGUUCUACAUGUGGCGUGCUACAUGUGGCGUUCUACAUGUUAGGCUGUGGUGGCGUUCUACAUGUGGCGUUCUACAUGUUAGGCUGUGUUGUGGUGGCGUUCUACAUGUUAGGCUGUGGUGGCGUUCUACAUGUGGCGUUCUACAUGUGGCGUUCUACAUGUUAG